CUGCCUUCUCGCUGUCAUCAUGCGUUGGCUGUCGAUUCUGUUCCAAUACCAGAAUCCAGAGUUCAAAGGACAUUCCAUACGUGUUCCAAUAUUGUAAAGGAAUAGAUGACCCUUGUGCUCGGAAAUUAAAUCUAGAUAUCCCGGAAUUUCUCCCAAUGGACAAAAGAGAGAAUCAUAUCAAGGAAGAAAGGUCAUUUGUUAUUCUUCCAUUGCCAAUGGCAGUUUUGACAUGGGGUGUGCAUUUCAGAAGUUAUGGACGUCCUACAGCUCUCGUGCAGAGAAAUUCUGUGCCUAAGUAUGAGCCCCGUGGUAGCAGUAAAGAAUCAAAUCAAAAUUUUCAAGUGAAGGUCAAAUAUGAACUACACACCCCGAACUGGACGGGAAGAGCUGGAAUAGAGAGAACCUCAGACGCCAAAAAUGCUUGGUCUUCGAUGACCAAAGGGGUAGAACUCGAUGGUGAUUCUGCUCUUCCCUUGAGCUGUUCCCUAGAAGGACAAAUCAUUGAAAAGCAUGAGUGGUGGAUGACAGACAUGAUGAUUACCAGCAUACCAAACUACCCAAUGCCACUUUGCACGCAACAGCGUCAAGCUGUAAUAACCAAAUCGAAGCAAGUCAACGCGAAAGUGUUGCAGGAGCUUCACAGUAUGUGUGGAUCGUGUUUGAUAGAGGGUCGCUCAUGGAUAUCUGCCGACUUGUACAUCGGGAUUCAGAGGGAGACCAUCAGUCUCUUGCUCAAAAAUGGCAGUAGAUUUUCCAAUUCCUAAGGUAACCAAUUAGUACCGAAUGAUAAGAUUGUGGUGGACGUACUCGGAACAGGAUAACUAGCCUAGGUAGUAC